GCAGCCUAGCCGUUCACCAGGAAGUGACGUUCAACAAAGAUGGCGGCGCACACACGCUAGCUAAGAUAUGAAAACUUAGUAUGUUGAUGUCAUAUAACUUUUGAUUCUGAUGUACACCGCGGUUAUAUGGAUACAGAAAGGGUUGGGAAAUGUAGACGGAAAUAUUACAACUUAAAAAAUGUUUAAACCGGUUUGUUUGUUAACGUUAAUAAGUAAAACAUAGCAUUUAGCUGUUAAAUGCUAAUAGGUCAUCACCAGCUGCAGGCUGUUUAUAAUUAUAACUUAAGGAUGUGGAAUCAAAAGGGUUUGACAGUGAUCCACAAUGCUACUAAAUUGGUGCACGGAUUUUGUCGGAGAUGCUGUAAAGAAAAGUUUGUAUCAGGUGUUGAUGAAAGUCACAGAUAUCACAGGAGAUCUUUUUUCAUAUCCUGUAACAUACAAAGCUGCUGUGUGUCUAAUCCACCGUGGAGAGUGUUGUUCUUCGGAAGUGAUGAUUUCGCUGUAGAGUCUCUGAAACGGCUUCAUGCAUCUCGAGGAGAUGGAGCUGAUUCUGUGGUGGACUCGCUUGAGGUUGUCACUUUGUCCAAUAAUGUCCCUGUGAGGAAGUUUGCAGAGCAGCAGAAGCUCAGGGUUCAUGAGUGGCCCGAGGUGCAAGCCAGAGGGCGGUUUGAUGUUGGAGUGGUGGUGUCGUUUGGCUGCCUGCUUCAGGAGAGCCUCAUCAACACAUUUCCUUAUGGGAUCCUCAACGUGCACCCUAGCCUCCUGCCUCGGUGGCGUGGACCUGCACCUGUUUUUCACACAAUAUUGCAUGGAGACAAAGUCACUGGAGUCACCAUCAUGCAGAUUAGGCCGAGGAGGUUUGACGUUGGUCCCAUACUCAGUCAGAAGCUUUAUGAGGUCCCUGAAAAUAGCACGGCCGAUGAGCUUGGAGGCUCGCUAGCUGUUCUGGGAGCCCAGCUGUUAAUAGACACACUAAGAAACCUACCAGAACGAAUAGCAGAUGGGACAGAGCAGGCCAGAGAGGGGGCAACAUUUGCUCCUAAAAUCAACUCUUCUUUGAGUUGGCUCGUGUGGGAAGAUCAGACGUGUGACGAGAUCGAUCGACUCUAUCGCGCUAUAGGAUCUCGGGUUCAUUUGAGAACAAUCUGGAUGGGCCGUGCCAUCAAACUUCUCGACUUUGUUGGAAAAUGCAACGUGCCGUUAGCAGAAAUUUCAAAUUUCUCUGCAAUCCCCGGGUCCAUUUAUUAUCAAAAGGAAUCCAACACAUUGUCGGUCUGCUGCAAGGAUGGAUGGGUUGGAUUCAAAACUGUAAUGCUAAAGAAAAGAUUAUCAGCAGCAGAUUUCUUUAAUGGCUAUCUUCACCAGAGUGUUUUCAAGAAAUCACAGUCCCAGAACGGCUGCCAUUUUCAGAGCUACAGAGAGAAAAACCAACAGAAUUCUACAUCAUUACUCCGGAAUAAAACAUGUCGUUAAUGCCUAUCUGUGAACGCACAAGAGACGUUAUUUAACAUAUUACAGUGUUAAUAAUAAUAGUGGAAAAAUUGUCUGUUUUAAGACAGUGACCGAGUUCUAAGACAUGACUGUGACACUGUAUUAUUGUAAAAAUGUGGUGUGUGUGUGUAUAUACUGAUGAAUGUGUUUAUUUUAAUGAAAAACCUGGCUUUGAACUGACUUGUGUGAUUGUAGCUCAAACAGUUUGAGGAAGAAUCUUGUUAAAGCUGGCCCAAGGAAAAAAGGAAACGUAAAUAAAAAAACAUCAACUUUACUGAAAAAUAAACUUGCAUUAUACAUUUUAA